CAGCGAGUACUUCUUCGGAAACCACCACAAGUGUCAUAUUUGGUGGGUUAGAAAGCUCUCAGCCGUCGCGACGUGUGGCGUUCUGGGCGCUUCCUUGGAUUAUAUUUUUUAUUAAUUUUUAUGUACACGUUUUGGCUUUUAGAUUAUUUUUCUCGGGUUAUUUAGGCUUUUAGUUUUUCUCCAUUUUUCUUAGGUUUUGGACAAAAAAUCAAUUUCGUAUUUUUAAAUAUUUUUGCAUGGAUUUUUUUCUUCCGCGACAGGCACAGAUUUGCUUCCGCGAGAGGCGGAAAAAUGCGUGUCAUUCCACGAGAGGUAUAGAUAUACUUUUGGUGAAGGUACGAUUCGCUUCCACGAGAGAUAUAGUCACGCCUAUCAGGAAAUGAAAAAAAAACGAGUUCACACUUCAAAUUCAAAAUGGGAUGGCUCACUACGGAGGUACUAUAUGACUUGGUUAAGAAAGUAUGAGCGCGGCAACCCCGGAGCAAUACACCCAUUCAACAAUGGGAUUAUAUAAUUCGCUCCUUACAAUGAUUCAUUCCUCGAUGGGCUAAACACACACUCGGUAUUUAAAAAUGAGGUUGUCAAUCUUGGUCGUCAAUCUUUAUAAGACUGUGGAGGUGAGGCAAUAUGCCAUUGAGAUUGAGCAAACAACCCUCUAAAUGAGCAUAUUACCCUCCUUUUAUGUGAGGAAGAGAUCAAAUAGUACCGACGACUCGAAGGGUCGAUUCCUAGUUCAAACAGGUGACAAUAUGAAAUACGUUCGACCAAUAAACAAUGAACAAUAGAAUCUUUUCGUUAAAGUUUAUUAGGAUACGAUGCGUUACAUGUGCACGCUUACUAGUCACCAAUAAACAAUGGUCCUUUUUUCAAGAAGAAAAUUAACGGCGAGUGAAUAUAUUAAUGUUUUAAAAAAGAAAAUGGUUGAUGACUCUAGUACUUCAAUUAGCUUAAAAUUUCUAUACUCUUUCUUCUUGAGAGUUCUCAGAGGCCUUUUUUUCAUGUAGUCUGUUUUUUUUUUCUUUUAAAAGCAGUACGCACAAACGACAUCCUAUCGCUACGAGCACCUCCUAAAAACGAAGCCGGAAUAUCAACUUGAAAUUUACAAAGUCAUCGUGGGUACCUCGUCGUCGACGGUAACACAUCUUCUCUCACUGAAUGUGCAUCACCGAAAAUACUGAAAUAAAUCUAGAAAUAAAUGCAAGCACGAGAGGACUUGAACUCUUAUGGGCCAUGUCCCUUUAACCAUCCAACCAUAGCAGGUUCCCGAAUUUCUCAAUUCCUUUUUUCUUGCCCGUUGAUGCGCAAAAUGAAAACCAAAGUAGAUAAAUGCGGUCAUCAUCCGUUCCUGCAUGCAUGGAUAUCCGAUCCAACCCGCAAGAAACUCGUCAUUAUCCAUGAGAGAUGGAUCGAUCAGUUAGCUCCAACAACUAAUCAUCAUUAUCUAUCUAACCGGCCGCAACUAUAAAUACGCACCAUUCCGCAUCAAUCCCACAUUCUGCAGAUCGAUCUUUCUCCUCCUCUACCAGUCCCACGUCCGUAGCACAACCUCGGUCGUACGUCUUGACAAGCAUGGUGCAGCGCACUUCCAACGCCGAGGUCAUGUCGAUGGACCUGUCGCCAAAGAAGCCGGCCAAGGCCUACGGCAGCGACGGCGGCGCGUACUAUGACUGGUCGCCGGCCGACCUGCCCAUGCUCGGCGCGGCCUCCAUCGGCGCCGCCAAGCUGCACCUGUCCGCCGGCGGGCUCGCCCUCCCCAGCUACUCCGACUCUGCCAAGAUCGCCUACGUGCUCCAAGGUGCCGGCGCCUGCGGCCUCGUGCUCCCGGAGGCGGCCAGCGAGAAGGUGAUCCCCGUCAAGGAGGGCGACACGCUGGCGCUUCCCUUCGGCGCCGUCACCUGGUGGCACAACGCAGAGGGCGCCUCUGCCGAGCUGGUCGUCCUCUUUCUCGGCGACACCUCCAAGGGUCACACCCCCGGCCGCUUCACCAACUUCCAGCUCACCGGCGCCACCGGCAUCUUCACGGGGUUCUCCACCGAGUUCGUCGCGCGCGCCUGGGACCUCGACCAGGACGCCGCCGCCAAGAUCGUGUCCACCCAGCCCGGCUCGGGCAUCGUGAAGAUCGCCGCGGGGCACCGGAUGCCGGAGCCUCGCCCCGACGACCGCCAGGGCGUGGUGGUCAACUGCCUAGAUGCGCCGCUGGACGUUGACAUCCCUGGCGGCGGACGCGUGGUGGUGCUCAACACGGCCAACCUGCCGCCGGUGAAGGAUGUUGGGCUGGGCUCUGACCUGGUCAGGAUCGACGGUCGUUCCAUGUGCUCGCCGGGAUUCUCCUGCGACUCGGCGUACCAGGUAACCUACAUAGUGCGCGGCGGCGGCCGCGUCCAGGUCGUCGGCAUCGACGGCACCCGUGUGCUGGAGACCCGGGCCGAGGCAGGAUGCCUCUUCAUCGUGCCCAGGUUCUUCGUCGUCUCCAAGAUCGCCGACGACACCGGCAUGGAGUGGUUCUCCAUCAUCACCACCCCAAACCCAAUCUUUAGCCACUUGGCUGGUAAGACGUCGGUGUGGAAGGCGAUAUCGCCGGCGGUGCUAGAGACGGCCUUCAACACCACUCCGGAGAUGGAGAAGUUGUUCCGCUCCAAGAGGCUCGACUCCGAGAUCUUCUUCGCUCCCAACUAAAUCAUGAACACAUCUGUCCAUCUUCGGCUUGGCAACACCUUAGAUUCUGCAUUACGGUUGCCAAGGGCUAGUUAAAUGGAAGUUUUCCGCGUUUGAUGGAUUAUGUAAUAAUAAGCUUUAGAUGAAUUUGUCACGCUGGUUAGUUUUUAUGCUGGUUAGUUUUACCAAACUCUUUGGGAUCACUUAAUGUUUGAUCAAUGCAAGUGCUGUAUCGAUUCCUACAGUAGUCAAUUUGUUAUUGUCGCGUGCGCGCACCCCCUGCUGUUUAGGUUUUAUCAAACUCUUUAAGAUCAGUUAAUGUUCGAUCAA